AUGAAAGGAGGGAAAGCAGGUUACUCAGGGUGGUAUUGCUUUGCAGACAGCUGGCAGAGAGAGAAGUUGGCUGCCAUGGAAUCACCAGAGGAGCCUGGAGCAUCCAUGGAUGAAAACUACUUUGUGAACUACACUUUCAAAGAUCGGUCACACUCAGGCCGUGUGGCUCAGGGCAUCAUGAAACUGUGUCUGGAGGAAGAGCUCUUUGCUGAUGUCACCAUUUCGGUGGAAGGCCGGGAGUUUCAGCUCCACCGGCUGGUCCUCUCAGCUCAGAGCUGCUUUUUCCGGUCCAUGUUCACUUCCAACCUGAAGGAGGCUCACAACCGGGUAAUUGUACUGCAGGAUGUCAGUGAGUCUGUCUUCCAGCUCCUGGUUGAUUAUAUCUACCACGGGACUGUGAAACUUCGAGCUGAAGAGCUGCAGGAAAUUUAUGAGGUGUCAGACAUGUAUCAGCUGACAUCUCUCUUUGAGGAAUGUUCUCGGUUCUUGGCCCGCACCGUGCAGGUGGGGAACUGCCUUCAGGUGAUGUGGCUGGCAGACAGGCACAGCGAUCCUGAGCUGUACACUGCCGCCAAACACUGUGCCAAGGCCCACCUGGCCCAGCUGCAGAGCACAGAGGAAUUUCUCCACCUGCCCCACCAUCUGCUCACUGAUAUCAUCUCGGAUGGAGUUCCAUGUUCUCAGAACCCAACAGAGGCAAUAGAAGCCUGGAUCAAUUUUAAUAAAGAAGAAAGAGAGGCUUUUGCAGAGUCACUCAGGACUAGCUUGAAGGAGAUCGGGGAGAAUGUGCACAUUUACCUGAUCGGGAAAGAGUCAUCUCGUACCCACUCGUUGGCUGUGUCCUUACACUGUGCGGAAGAUGACUCCAUCAGUGUAAGUGGCCAAAACAGCUUGUGCCACCAGAUCACUGCAGCCUGCAAGCAUGGUGGAGACUUAUACGUGGUGGGAGGGUCCAUCCCACGGCGCAUGUGGAAGUGCAACAAUGCCACUGUGGACUGGGAAUGGUGUGCACCUUUGCCCCGGGACCGGCUCCAGCACACCCUGGUGUCUGUGCCUGGGAAAGAUGCCAUAUAUUCAUUGGGUGGCAAGACACUGCAGGAUACCCUCUCCAAUGCAGUUAUCUAUUAUCGGGUAGGUGAUAACGUCUGGACAGAGACAACCCAGCUAGAGGUGGCUGUGUCAGGGGCCGCUGGUGCCAACCUUAACGGGAUCAUCUACUUACUAGGGGGGGAGGAGAAUGACCUGGACUUCUUUACCAAACCUUCCCGACUCAUCCAGUGCUUUGACACAGAGACAGACAAAUGCCACGUGAAGCCCUAUGUUCUGCCCUUCGCAGGCCGCAUGCACGCGGCUGUGCAUAAGGAUCUGGUGUUCAUCGUGGCUGAAGGGGACUCCCUGGUGUGCUACAAUCCCCUCCUAGACAGCUUUACCCGGCUUUGCCUUCCUGAGGCCUGGAGCUCUGCCCCAUCCCUCUGGAAGAUCGCCAGCUGUAAUGGGAGUAUCUAUGUUUUCCGGGACCGAUAUAAAAAGGGGGAUGCCAACACCUACAAGCUUGACCCUGCCACUUCAGCUAUAACUGUCACCAGAGGCAUUAAGGUGCUGCUUACUAAUUUGCAGUUUGUGUUGGCCUAA